UUUGUUAGAUAUCGUAAUAUGUCACACGCCAGUGUUGUUGUGAAGUGACAGUACAAUGACGUUGAAAAAGGUUAAUCCGGAUUUGCAAAAGGAGAGAGCGACUUGCACCUUCAAUGUUGAAGAGUUGACUAACAUAUUGGAUACUGGCGUUGAAUUCACAGCGGAAAGAAGGGCUCAAGAGGAUCUGGUUUUUAGUGUAAAGGAACUUAAAGAUGAAAUCCCUGAAGAAUUUAUGAGCCACAAGCAAAAAUAUGAGAAUGCUAUACGUAAAGCCGUUAUAUUGGACAAAAUCUUAAACAGCAGUAGUUCUAUUGAAAAGUUUUACGAAAAAAGACAUAAAUCGGGCUUCCGAAGAACAAUCGUAACAGCAAUCUUUAAAGAUGGCUCACCAUUCAUGUUACAUUCCGCCAUGUUCAUUCCCACAUUGCUGGGUCAAGCUGAUGAGGAGCAAAAGAAACAUUGGUACACGAGAGCGAAGAAUAUGGAAAUUAUCGGGACUUAUGCGCAGACGGAGCUUGGACACGGAACAUUUAUCCGUGGUCUGGAAACACAAGCUACAUACGAUGAGAAGACUGAAGAAUUUAUUUUACACAGCCCCACGCUGACUGCUUACAAAUGGUGGCCUGGUGGUUUGGGCCAAACAUCAAAUUAUUGCAUUGUAAUGGCUCAGCUGAAGAUUAAAGGAAAAUCUUACGGCAUGCAGCCAUUUAUAGUUCAAAUAAGAGACGAGGAGACGCAUAUACCAAUGCCAGGUGUAAAAGUCGGUGAAAUUGGUGCAAAACUUGGAUUUAAUACUGUCAAUAAUGGAUAUCUUGGCUUUGAUAAUGUGAGGAUACCGAGACGAAACAUGCUGAUGAAGAAUUCGCAAGUUUUGAAGGAUGGGACAUUCAAAUCAGCUCCCAACAGCAAGCUAGCUUACGGCACGAUGGUGAUGGUGCGCUGUACCAUCGUCAACACGACUGCUGGAUGUUUGUCUCGUGCUGUGACGAUUGCUGUGAGGUAUUCUGCGGUUAGACACCAGUCGCAGUUGAAGGCAAAUGAGCCAGAACCCCAAAUCCUGGAUUACGUGACGCAACAGCACAAGCUCUUCAUUGGCAUCGCCACCAGCUACGCGUAUAUCUUCUCUUCCUACUGGCUUUGGGACCAUUACUCGAAAUACAUCCAAGAAAUGGGUGAUGGAAACUAUGAGAGAUUACCUGAGCUACACGCGCUUGCGUGUGUCAUGAAGGUGAUCAGCUCAUCCGACUGCACAGCACUAAUUGAGAAGUGCCGAUUAUCCUGCGGAGGACAUGGCUUCAUGCUGUCUUCCAACCUGCCUCAAAUCUAUGGCCUCUCCACCGCCACCUGCACGUAUGAGGGCGAAAAUACCGUGCUGCUGCUGCAGACUGCAAGGUCGUUGGUAAAAGCUUGGAAUGAUACGUCAAAGGGCGGCACUUUGAGACCAACGAUGGCAUAUCUUGCGGACCGCUCGCCAGCUGCUCAGUGGGACAGCUCUCUAGAUGGAAUUAUUAAAGCUUUCCAGAAAGUUUCUGUUGGAAAACUGUCAUCAAGUGUGUCGAGUCUAGCGCAGUAUGCUGCCAGUGGUUUGGCUCCUGAAGACGCUUGGAACAAAGCCUCCGUCCAGCUUAUCGCUGCUGCUGAGGCAUUCGGUCGAGCAGUAGUUCUAUCCGUGUUUAAGAGUGAAGUAGAGAAGUACGCUCAAACAGCGUCACAGGGACUCAGGAGUGUACUCUUCGAUUUGGUCGAGUUAUACUUCACCCACAUGGUUCUGGACAAAAUGGGAGAUUUGCUAUUGUACACAAAAUUGACGGGGAAAGAUGUUAGGAUUUUACAAAAGAAAUACGAGGACCUAUUAGAGAAAAUACGACCUAAUGCCGUUGGUUUAGUGGACGCUUUCGACUACAGGGAUGAGGUGCUAAAUUCAACUCUAGGAGCAUAUGACGGCAUGGCAUACGAGCGUCUGAUGGCCGAAGCUGCCAAGAGCCCGCUCAAUACAGAGCCUGUUAAUGACACCUUCCACAAAUAUUUGAAACCCCUUAUGAAAGGAAAAUUGUAAAGAAUAUGUUGAAACAAAUUGUUAUUAUUAUAAUAAAAAGCGGCUAAAGGCAAAGAAGACAAUUAAACUAAACAAGUUUAUUCUUUUACGAAGUAAUCACAUAAUUGUAUACGUAUGUAUGUAAUGAUUACUUUUACAUGCAGCUUUUACGAAGAAUUUAUACCAAGAAUGAUAAUCAUACAUACUAAGCUAGAGAAACUCCCAAUGAAAAUUUAAUUUAUAAU